AUGAGUUGCUAUUUACAAGUAGCUGAAGAUCCAUCACGAUGUGAGAAAGAAGACUUUGUGAUAAAAAAUUGUUUAAAAUCAUGCCAAAAAUGUGAUGGUUUGAUUAUUCCACCUGAGUAUGAUUUAAAAAAAGUACCUCCACAUUUAAAAAGAAUUGCUUUUUUAAUUGGUAGGUGGAGGAGUGAUUUUGGUGGAAAGGCUGAUUUUCCGACUAUUCCAAGAUUUACUUAUGGUGAAGAAUUAGAUUUUAAAAUGACAAAUCUUAAUACAUCACAUCCUUCAUUAAAUUAUACUGCUUUUGCUUGGGAACAAUUUGAAGAAAUUGAAUUACAUUCAGAAACAGGAUACUUAACGAUGAAUAAUAAUGGAACAACUGUUGCAUUGACAACUGUUAUGAGUAACGGUUUUGCUACCGUUGAAGAAGGUGUAGAAAAUGGUAAUUCUAUUGAAUUUAAAUUAAAAAGGAUUGGAAGAGUUAAUUUUUCAAGAGAUUUACCUGUUAGAAGAAUGACAAGAACAUGGAUGUUAAUGAAUGAAACAUUUUUAGAAUCAAAUUUAGUCAUGUCAACUGCUACUCAUCCAAUGAUAUUACAUACCAGUAUAACUUAUGAAAGAAUAUUUCCUUAA